UUGGAUAAUCAGUAUAGCACAGACCCUGGACCUGAAAUACACGGAAUUUCCCGAAGGCGGAUAUUAACCAAAAUUAGAAAGGCGCUAACAGUUAAACCAAAGUUACGGAGGCAAAUCUAGUAAUAUUUCGCUUUUGAGAUUCGAGUACUUUGCCAAGACUGGGCGAGUAGUUAGUUGUAUGUGGGGGAAAUCCCGUAUACGUCUUCGAUCGUAGUUUCAAACUCAGCUGAAAGUGAAAGUGCGCGUGCGCUUCCCUUCUCAACAUGGCCUUCGCUAUGGACGAGGACGAUAUUAUUGACAGGCCGUCGCUUCUCGAGUCUGAUCUGAGCUGUCCGGUGUGUAGGGAGCUUUACCGAGAUCCCUUACUGCUCUCAUGCGGUCACAGCUUUUGCGGAGACUGUCUGGAGCGCAGCUGGCAGAACAAACGCCCAAAGAACUGUCCCGUGUGUCGUAAGAACUGCGACGGAGAGACGCCGAUCCCGAACCGGGCCCUGAAGAACUCCACUGAGUCUUUUCAGAAAGAGAGAACAUGGCGACAUACGGGAGCUCCAGCAGUGAUCUGUGGCUUACACCAACGCGAUCUGCAGAUGUUCUGCGUUCAUGAUGAAGCGCCCAUAUGUGUGGAGUGCGUUCCAAUGCAUUUUGGCCACGAUGUCAAACCCAUAGACCAUGGAGUAAAGUAUUGCGAGGACUUGCUCAACCUCAAAAUCAAUAUACUUGCUGAAAAAUUGGAGUCUUUUAAGAAGCUGAAGAAACGAUAUAACGAGGCAGUCAAUUUUAUUCAGAGCCAGUCAGAGGAAGCGGAGAAGCAAAUCCGACAGGAGUUUGAGAGGCUUCAUCAGAUUCUAAAAGAUGAAGAAUCGUCCAGAAUUUUAGCCCUGAAGAAAGAAGAGGAGCAGAAGAAAAAGAUAAUGAAAGAGAAGUUUGAAAGCAUCAGCUCUGAUAUCACCCGUCUCACUGAGCUGGUUCAGUCACUGAGGAGGGAGAUGAGCGCAGAUCAUUUAGUUCUUCUACAAAACUACCAGAGUCUUAAAUUUAGGGCCCAGUGGACAGACGAAGAACCCCAAAGGUUUCCUUCUGGAGCUCUCAUUAAUAUGGCCUCACAUGUUGGAGCACUGGAUUAUAAAGUUUGGGAGAGCAUGCGGUCACAGGUCAAAUGUUUUCCAGUGCUGAUGGAUCCAAACACUAUUUCACCAUGGCUAUUAAUGUCCCCUGACUACGCAAGUGUAAAAGAGAACACAGAGAGGCAAUCUGUCCCAGACAACCCUGAACGUUUUGACCCCUGUGUCUUUGUCUUGGGCUCAGAGGGUUUUGUGUCAGGUCGCCAUCGUUGGGAAGUCUAUGUAGGUGAUAAUCCAAAGUGGGUCAUCGGAGUGUGUAAGGAGUCUGUGGCACGCAAGAGGAAGUUCACAGUGACUACAACAGCAGGUGUGUGGAGCAUCGGCUUAAGUAAAGGAGUGUACAGCGGUCUGACUACUCCUCGCACCCCGCUAAAUGUGGAGAAGAGACCCGAGAAAAUCCGGGUGAAACUCAACAUGGAUAAAGGAGAGGUGUCUUUCUGGGAUGCAGACAGUGGGGCACACCUCAUCACCUACAACGACGAAUUUCCUUCAAAGCUCUUCCCUCUCUUUGGCCCUGGGCUCCACAAAACUCCAAUGGCUAUUCAGCCUGCCAAACUCACAAAGUAGUAAGGGAGUAACGAUACAGUGUGACGUAUCAUAUUGUGCUAUACAUGGCUUCUGAUCUGACACAUUAAAACAUCACGGAGAGCAUAAUGAAAUAAAUACCAUUGCAUCUAUGCCAUAUUCAUAAAGAUAAAGACACACCAAAUUUGGAUAGUUUUGAAACGAGGAUGCAAAAUUGGUGGAAAAAUGAAAUCGGUGAAGACACAAGGACUGAGAAAUGGGCAGAAGUGGUAACCCUGGACAUCGCCGAAAGCUUGACUACAGCACUACUGUUUAAUUAGUCAUGUUUCGCUUUGUCAGUUCUAAUGCACAGCUCUUGUUUUGAUUUAUUUUCUUCUCAUAUAAGCACUGUCAUUAUAAAGUUCCAAUGACUAUUAUAUAGUUGAGUGUUCAUAAAUGUUAACUGUAUUGAACGUGUAUCAUAUCAAGAAGUCACUAUCAAAUUGUUCUUUAAAAUCUGUCUUAGAAGGGGUAGUGGGUAAGAAGGGAGUGGAGGCGAGUCAGUUUCGGAUGUGAUACUGGAAUUAUGGUUGAGGUAUAUAGGAAAAAACCUAAAGGAGCUCAAAUCAGUAUUCCGUGUCCUAUUCUACAAAGUAGAGCUGCAUAUUAACGAUCUAUUUUGUUUUACUGGGUUGAAGGUAGAAACAUAUGAUGUCCUUAUAAUUGUUUAUAGGUGAUUGCUAUCAAGAAAGUUAGCGACUUUCUGGAAAUUUUUUUUUUUUGCCUGGUAAAUUUAUCCUGGUUCAGAUAUCCUAUCUGGAUAUCUGUCUAAUACUGGGUUCACACAUACAGCGACUCGCAGAAACAGAGCGACCGCAGAUCAUUUAUUAUAAUAACGCGUCGGCGACUGUAUAUGGACGUGUCCAGUGACGCAACAAAGUUGAAAACAGUUUAGCUUUAGGAAAAAAUGUGAAGCAGCUAUCACUGUGAGUGAAGACAGUAGAGCUCUUAUGAUCGUCGCAAAGAGCCCACACUGCUUCUCCAUCAUCUUCUCAUGCACCGGUGAAGUUUAUUCACCAAAUACUUCCAGAAUAUUUACUUUUAGCAGCAAAACUAGUUGCUCCUCCCACUGAUAAUUGUUAUUACUAUGGCAACCACCGUGUAGAAACACGCCGACUUGCAAUAUAGUCACUGUAUGUGUGAAUAUAGCAUAUUAAAUGCCUUUCAUUUGGUCUCUUCUGUCUUUCCAUCUUUUAUUUAUUGUCUUUUCUCUCUCUCUCUCUCUCUCUCCCUCUUUUUUUUUUAUUUUCAUUCUUCUUUUCUUCUCCGAUCUUAUUCUCUCUCUUCCUGACUGUAAACUGAUGUCUUUCCAUCAGGCCACAGUCAUGAAUGGUAAAAAUCAAACUUUUACAAAUAAAACAUACACUUUAAUGCGCUUAAAAAAAAAUAAUUUUAGCUCCUUGCAAGUAAAGCAAAAAAUAUAUCCAUGCUUAAGAUGGCUGUGUUAUAUUUGUUUAAUAUAUAUCCUGGUUAGAGAGGUGUAAUAUGAUUUAAUGUCAUAAAAUUGAAUAAUUGUAUUACUUAAUUAUCAAAACAGUAAGGCGGAAAUAUCAUCAUUCUUCACCAAACAGAGCCGUACUCUACAGCCUUAAACUACUAAGAGAGAGAGAGAGAGAGAAUUUAUUGUGUUUAACUAUUCUUAUUGUUCAUUUUGCUGGUAUUUUGUUGGCAUGAGAGCAGAAGGCUAUGCAUCCUAAAGCAGAGCUGGUUCAAUAAAACCGUUCUCAGUUAUUUGCUUGUUUGGAUUCUUGGGUUGUGAUUACAGCCAAGAGGAGAAUCUACAUACAAGAAUCUCCAACAGGGUGUAUAAAGUCUGACCUCAGAGCCAAAUGUGGCCUGUGGACAGAUGUUAACUGACCCACAGCUUUUCUAUUAAGGCAAAUUGUUUGCCUUAAUAGAAAAAGUCCUUCAGAACAUUAACAGCAAUAAUAAUAGUAUUAAUAACACUGAUUUUUGUUCCUGAGUAGUGAAUGAAAUUUUCCAAUUACUCUUGAUGGAAAAUGAUGGAAAAUAGCUAUUAAACCCCUUGAAGUUUGGGCUUUUAAGAGAACAAAAACGUCAGAAUUAGCCCAUUUUACUAAAGAAAACUGCCCAAAACUAACCUAAACUUUCAUGGCUAAGAUGGGUUUGGGUUACAAAGAAUGGGGAAAUAACACUUAUUUCCCAGGAACAAGAAAAAAGUAAAAAUUUGUUACGUAGUGUAAUAAUACUGUAAUAAUAAUAAUAACUAUGUUUUUCAUGAGGUUAUAUAUUUGUCAUACAUACUGCGAUACAGCUUUAACAUAAAAAACAAAGACCUAAUAUUGCAUAGGUCUCCCACCAUAACAGAUCUGACCCCUUAAACCAUGGACUCUCUCUCUCGUGUUUGUAAGUGUUCUAGCUUUUCCUCUAGCACUAGUUUGCACAAUUUUUUUGAUGUUGGACAUCAGAAUUAUGUAUCAGCAGCUCUUCAGGAAGUUCUUUUUUAAAAUAACACUUAGAAAUUUUACAUUUGUAACAUGUGCCCUUAUCUAGGGCGACUUAAUCUAAUUUUUAAACAACUGAGCAAUUGAGGGUUUCGAGCCUUACUCAAGGGUCCAGUAGUGGAUCUGGGAUUUAAACUCCAACUCCUUAACCACUAAGCCACCAUAUCCUCCUACACACACAUUCCAAGCUCAUCCGUUAGAGAUUGGGAUUGCAAACGUUGAUGAAUGCUUAAGCUUACAAUGCAGUGCUUCCAGAUGUCGUCUUUAGUUUUAUUUAUCCUCAUUUUUGAAAAUAUGUUUAUACAGGGCAUGGACUAAAUGAGGGUGCAAGUCAUGCGAUAUAAAUACCCUCAGUGGACACAUGAAAACAAGGGUCAGAUUAUAAAUAAUGCAUGGGUGGAGAGCCAGUGAACCCAGUCAUGCUUAUUAUGAAUUAAUGCAUCAUGCUUUGAGUAACACAAACCAAACCAAAUGCAUACAUUCAUAUAUACAUAGAUAUAUACCAUAACAUUAAAACCACUGACAAGUAGUAAAUGAGUAAAUAACAUGAAUUAUCUCAUUUCAGUAGUGUUUGCUGGAAGCAGGUAAAAUGGGCAACCAUAAGGUUCUGAGUGAUCAAAUUGUAACGGUUAGAGCAUUUCCGAAACAGCAGGUCCUGAGGGAUGUUUCUUACGUACAGUAAUCCUGGUACGCAUUGAUUAUUAAUGGCUUGAUGAAUAUGACAAAGAGCUCAAAUCAUUGACUUGGCCUCCAAAUUCCCCAAAUCUCAUUCAAUCACGUAUCUGUGAUCUGUGGGAUGUGCUGGACAAACUAGUCCAAUCCAUGGAGGCUCCAUCUCAUCAUUUAAAGGACCUGAAGGAUCUCCUGCUAAUGGCUUGGUGCUAGAUACCACAGCACACCUUCAGAGGUAUAGUGGAGUAUUAGAAUCUGAGAAAGACAUGUUAGUUUACAUGUUUCUGCAAUAUAUCUGCUAACUCUGUGUACCGACAUAAUUACACCACAGGGCAUACUGUUAUAAUUCAAUUCAAUUUGUUUGUUUAGCACUUUUAACAAUGGACAUUGUCUCAAAGCAGCUUUUCAGAAGUAUAGAAACAGAAAAGAAAAAAAUGCUUAGAGUUAAGAUACUACUUUAUCCCUAAUGUACAAGCCAGAGGCGAUGGUGGCAAGGAAAAACUCCCUGAGAUGAUAUGAGGAAGAAACCUUGAGAGGAACCAGGCUCAGAAGGGAACCUCAUCCUCAUUAGGGUGACACUAGACAGUAAAUACUGUAAAUGUUAAUGCAAUAGCAACCAAGAGCUCCUUUCAGAACUAGAGGGUCAGUGUAGUUUCAUUAUUGACUUAGCACUAAUUCCUUCCUGUCACAAGCUGACAAAUGCAACGGCAGUUCAGGGACGGUGUGAUAGCCUCCAAAAUUUUCACUGACAGAUUGGAAUAAAGCCACCCCAUAGUGGAUAAUUCUGGUAUAACAGCAGAUCCUAAAGGGGCUAGCAUGUUUGCUUAACUUCUUAAAUCUGUAGUUUGUGAGUUUGUUUGUCUGAUUGUACCCUGUGAUGGUUUGGCACACUGUCCAGUGUGUCCCCAGCCUUGUUUCAGGCUCACCGUGACCCCGUUCAGGAUGUCAGUGAUCUUUAGGACAGAAAGUGAAUAGAUGGAUAACACGUUAUGAGGUGUGACUAUAGAAAUAAUUAUAUAUUAGAAUGAGCACAUUCAUUUAAUCCUGUGACCGAUUGGAUUUGCUCUUCUUAGUCACACCUGAGUCAUCCAUCGUGUCAGCUCAUGCAGAGCUUACAGGGAAAUUCCAGCUUUUGUAGAAAGCUUUGCUUAGUAGGUGUAAGGUAAGCUCAAAAUCUAGUUUUCUAGUGUUACAGCUAGAUCACAGUUUUGCAUGAAAUCCUGCUUCCCAUAAAUUAGUGACUGCAGAUGGUUACAUAUUGCAGUAGAUGGUAAAAUACCCUCUUUUAUUAUUAAUGCUUGGUCGUGAAUUAUACAAUGUAAUACCAAGCUGAAUGCUGGUGCACUUGAAAACAUGACUAGCCAUUUUAAGAUCUCAACACAAUACAACAUUUCUCCUAAUUUUACCUAUUACCUAAUAAAUUUAGCUACUGGUUGUAAAUGUAUGAUAGAAAAUAUUUGUUGUAAUUGAAAUUACAACAAAUGAAGCGGAUGAAGUCUCCAGACUCCAUCAGCUCCCAGUCUGAGGUACUGUACAGUGCUGCAGCUGAAAUAGAAACACACACACACACACACACACUUUACAAGCUCUAAUGUUUAGCUUUGUUGUUCUCUUUCUAGUCAGUGGACAUCAAGAGAGGUAUCCUUGGAUAUAGUCCAUAGUCGACUCUAUGAAACCACAGAGACGUACCUCUUGAAUCACGAGGAAUUCUCUCAUUUUAAGGAUACUGAGGACCGACUCACCGGAAUUCAGGUCAUUAAGCCUUACCAUCAGCUGCUGCCCACCGCAUCUCACAGUGACCUUUCAGCUAUUGUUUCGCCUCUCACUGCUGGACAGCUGGACAGCACCUGGCUUAAUAUUCAGUACCUCUCUGAAAACAUCUUCAGCUCCCAGUCUGGGGUAUUCUACCGAGCUUCAGCUGAGAUACAAACACACAAACAAGUUUUUCUAUUUCUAGUCUGUGGACAUUCAGAGGAUGGUGAGGGGUCCGGAGAGGUGUGGCUGCUGGUUUAAUACCACCAAGACCUGCUACUUGAACCACAUGUUAAUUACAGGCUUAAUUUACUCUACUGACAAUAAUAAAUAUUAGAUAGCACUACUGUAAAAGGUUUUGGGUUUUGGCUGAUUUUGCUGUGCAUUUUCAGGGAUUCCCUUAAGAUAGCAAUAUUCAAGAUUGUUUCACUGGCUUUCAGGUAAGGGAUUAUUUGUUGUGGAUUCACAAAACCUUUGUUAAUUGCCUUGACUAAUUGUGUUCACUUUCAAUUGUGUUAUGAAGAGCAUAUCUGGGAGGGUUACAGAAUACAUUUCCUGUAACCGCAUGGAAACAUCUGUCAUUGUGGCACUUGAGGAUUAUGUGGUAAAUUUUUUACUUUGACAUGAAGUGUAGCUUUCUGAAUUUGGUCUGUUGUACAUUUAUUUAAAAAAAGCCUGACCCCAGAGGAGGUGCCCUUUAUUAGGUACAAUCCUCUUCACAGUUUAUUGGUGUUAUUUAUGUAUGUAUAAUAUACACUAAGCUUUUCUAUUGUUUUUUUAGAUGCCAUCUUUCUGACAGAGAGGUCACUGGGAACAGCCUGAAGCUGCCUGCUCUCCGCCAGGCAUUUGCUGUGAGCAAAACCUUUGUGUAUCUGCUGUUAUUGCACAGGAUACUGUUCAUGUACAGCUGGCCUACGAGGCUAUGAUUCGAUUCCUGAGGACAUCAUUUAACCAGGAAUGGAUUGCAGCAGAGUUUUUCGGGGCCUGGCUCCACCAUUACAACUUUGUGGAUUUUUUUAUGAACUGCUCGUCUUCUUGCUUGCUACUUCAGGAACGGCUCAGCACCUGAGACAUGUGAGGGAGGAUUCUUACAAUGGCUGAUGGCACUCGUCAGCAUGUGGGACCUGGAUGUGUGGGAACCUGCAGCAGAGCAGUAUUUCACAGUGCUUAUUGUAACGAUACACCAAUGCUCAGCUUUGUAUCUCUAAGUCACACAGUGACACUGUGUGGGAUGUAUGUGUGUGUAUAUCAAUAGGAUCAGCUGACAGAGCUUUUUGAAGUUCUGUUUUCUCAGCCCCUGGAGCUGUACGGUGACCCAGCAGCCUUGGCCACUGUAGUUAGGCGCAUCAUGUAGCAUGUCCAGCUGAUGAUGAACACUUUGGAGAAGCUAUCAUUUCUAUUCAUCAGUAUACAGAGUGCUCCUUUAGAAAACUUUUCUCACUAAUAUAUGUAUAUAAAAACCUUUUUGAAACUUUGACUCAUUCACCAAAAUGUGAAAAAUGAGUAACAAAAUGCAGAUAUGUGUAGCCUUUGAAAAUGUGUUGAGAUACCCAGCCUGUAGUCUGAUUAUAGACUGGAAUUCUAAUUGUAGAAGAUCAAAAAUCUCACUGUUUUACAUGUACUAGUGGAUUUGUCUGCAUGGAAUAGUAUGGACAAAUGCAGAAAUGACAUCAUUAUAGUACAACAGCUUUAUAGGAUGCCAUCACUCUAUUACGUUUUAAGAAAACAUAUGCUGUAAUCCGCUGUCUUUGAGCUGUUUAUUGAAUCCUUAUUAAUUUCCUGUAGGGGAAAUUUAAACUGAUAAAGUAAGUGGAAUGUGAUUUGUGAUUUUAGUAAUGUGAACUAAAGAAAAUAUUCAUCAAGUAAUAAUAUAAAAAUAAAAAAUAUAGUAUAAGAUAAAUAGAAAAGCAAGCAGCAAUAAUGGGGCCAAGCACUUCUGGGCCACAAAUCUAGACAACUAAGUACUUGUACACAGGGGUAUUUAAACCUGUUAUUUUGUAUAGCACCACCAAGUGGCCAAAUUUCACUAAACCUGGUACAUGCCACCCAGGUCUCAUGAUAAGCACAAAUACUGACUUUUAUGCCAGUUAACAACAUUGCAUAGAUAUGACCACUUUCCAUCAUGGCACCUUUAAGAGUGAAUUUCCGGGUACACUAAAGCCAUAUUGUUUGACCUGGCAACCUCAUUGUGCCAUAACUCUAACAGGUUUAAAUGUGAUUUGGACAAAAUCAGAGAUGAAUGGAACGCAAAGUGGCUGAUGCGGAGAUUUCCAAAUCCAAAAAAUAGGAUCCUUAUCUAAUAAAAACAGAAAAAAUUUAGUUGAAAUAUUUGCUUUGGUGACUAAAUGUAUUUUAAUGCUAUUGCACCCCCAAGUGGCCAGAUUUCAAGAAACUUAAAGCAUACCCAUGAUUGCUAAUAGCAAAAAAUGUGGCAUCACUCCAAAAAAGCACUCCUGAAAUACACAUUUUCUGUUUUGGUGUCUGUACCAUGCAAUUUAAUUGGAUGACAGAGGCGGUAUAAUUUGACCUAACACUUUUGCCCUGCCCUUUUGCCUUAAUUUGCCCUAGCACUGCAUGCCCUGAAAACAUAGUCAAUGAAUAUUUUUGAGUUUUUUGGGAGAACUGAUUGCAACUUAGGCCUGAGACCUGUACAAAACUAACCCCAACCCUAACCCUAGGUUUUCCAUAUUAAUAAUUUAAGCCAUUUUGAAUGAAAUUAAUUUUUUUAUUAUUUACUUUAAUUUAUUUACUAAGCUCCUUGGGACCCGACUACUGACAUUUGGUUGGAAAAAAUUCUUUAUUUCUUAAAACUCUUUAUUUUUUAUUUAUAUAUAUUCUUUCAUUUUAUUAUAAUACUAAAGUUUGAGAAGUUGUAGCUUUUUACAUUUUAUGAUUCUUAUACUAGUGUACUUAUACCAGUUUAAGCCAGUAAGUUAGUGUGUUGAUAGGUCAACUAAAUGCAGGUCAGUGGGGUUUUUACUAAGUAUUUGAUUAAUUUAUUUUUCUUCAGGUGAAACUGAACCCUAAAAUUUAUUACGGCUGCACUGUAUGUGGAUGAUCCUGAGAUUCUGAGGUGACAGAGCCCAUGCUUGUGGAGAAAUUCAGCUCUGCAGGACGCGUUCCCUCCAUUGAGCUCUGCAGGGACUGGAAGACCAGCUCCACACUUGACUACGCUUACAUCAAGCUGACAGUAACACAAACCUUACAGAAGACAGGAGAACACUGCUCUGUACACUAUUUCUAUUCUGUACACUAUGCCUGCAUUUUUAUACCAGUUUAUAGCCUGCUUAUUCGCGGCAAGUGUAAUUUAAGUAUAAUUUUACUGCUUUACUAGAUGGAUAUGGUCAAGUUUUGUUGAAACAUUUAUUAUCUUAUUAUCUUAAUCUUAUUAUGCAUUAUCUUAGAAUAAAUAUGUCAAUUAGGAUCAAUAUAUAUCUAGGUGAGAUUAAGCCACAUGCAAAUUAAGAUGUUUGACCAGCCUGGGUUCAAUUGACCGGGUUGCCUUUACACAAAGGUUCAGUUUAGCCGUAUGAGAGAUUUUUUUUCAGGUAACAUCAAAUUAUAUUAAGUGUUUAGAUAAAGACUUGGGUGAAGAUGAGGAUGUCAUGUUCAGCAAGUAUGGUGAGUGUUAUGAGGUCUAUACAUUCAGCUAAAUGUAAGGAGCUACACACUCGAGCAUCCUGUUAGAACAUACAGUAUUCUAGAGGCUUUUUUUUGUGUGUGUGUGUGUGUGUGUGUGUGUCAUGACAGAUAAGAAAUCCAUGGUCCCAGGGAAAUCCCAUGUUUUGGCUUUGUCAGAUUUGAGAGUCCCAUGGAUGUGCAGAGUGUGAGUGUAUACUGGAGCAGGGUGUGCAUAUUAAUGCCUCUGAGUCACAACUUCAUUCCGUUAAAGAUAUUAAGUUGUAAAUGGCUGUGUUAAAUAAAUAAUGAAAGUCCAGCUGUGGCUGGCGUUUCAAUAUUAACUGCUCAAUUCCAGCCAGACACAAUCUCACUGGCAUUGCUUGACUCAUUUGCAGCCCAUUAUUGCUUCGUCAGAAUAGAGGAAUAUUCUGUAAAUCAUGUCUUCACGAAUCUGAGAAUAUCUCUAAUAGAGCAUAAGCACCCCAGUGUGCUGGAUAUAUUUAAUAAACAAUUGUAAAUGAAAUAGCUCAUUAUUGUUUAGUUGGUGAAGUAUUGUUCAGGAAAUUGUUACAUAUUUUUAGGAAGAAUGCUAAGCCAGAGUUUGGCCCCAGGGCAAAUGCAGUCUGUGGACAGAUGGUAACUGUCCUGUGGCUUCUCUCUUCAGAUGAAUGAUGAUGUAAUUCCUUGACCUUGGAUUUAACUGUCCUCACAGUUUAGCUGAAAGUGUGCGUUGUGAGUCCAUGCAUUAUUUAUUUUAACUGCAAUAUACUAUAGCAUAGACAUUCCCUCACUGUCCACUUUAUUAGGAAUAUCUGUACACCUAUGAUUAUUCUGUGUAAACUCGAGAUUGUUGUGUGUGAUGAAAAUCUAAGGAGAUCUGCAGUUUCUAAAAAUACUCAUACCAGCCCUUCUGGUUCCAACAAUUAUGCCAUGAUUACAUUUACAUUUACAUUUCUGGCAUUUGACAGACGCUCUUAUCCAGAGUGCUUUGAAAUCUCCGUCAAUGAAUAAUUUAACACUGGUUCAAUAGGUCACAGAUUUAGAAUCCCAUCAGCCUAAAAACUUUGUUGGUAGUUUUUUUUUUGCUUACAACCUACAACAUAGAACAAUGCAUAAAACAAACGGGGGAAAUAAGAGCUAGUUUAAGUGCUUCAGGAAAAGGUAGGUGUUCAUCCGUCAUGUGAAGACAGCCAGUGACUCAGCUGUAUGGACAUCUAGGGGAAGUUCAUUCCACCACCUCAGUGCCAGAACAGAGAAGAGUCUUUAUAUAUACCUACCUCUUACCCAGAGAGAUGGUGGGACCUGUCAAGCAGUGCUAGUAGAUCAGAGGGAGCGAGGUGCAGUGCGAGGGGUAAUAACAGCUUUGAGGUAAGAUGGUGCUGGUUCAUUCUUGGCUUUGUAGGCAAACAUUAGUGUUUUGAAUCUGAUGCAUGCAGCUGCCAAAGGCCAGUGAAUGGAAUGCAGCAGUGGGAUGGGGUGGGAGAACUUAGGCAGGUUGAAAACAAGUCAUGCAGCUGCAUGGACCAUUGGGAUCAUUUGCAGUGGAGGAAUUGGGUUCAGAGGUAGACCUGCCAGUAGAGAGCUGCAAUAGUCCAGCCUUGAAAUGACAAGAGACUGAACAAGCACCUAAGAAGCCUGUGUGGAGAGAAAUGGGCAAAUCCUUCUGAUGUUGUUCUGAAGAAACCAACAUGAGCGUGUGACAUAAGCAACAUGUCCACAGUUACCUUAAGGUAACUUUUGCUUUAGCUUUUGCUGGGAUUGAGUUUCAGAUGAUGAGCCAUCAUUCACAAUGAUAUGUUCACCAGAUAAGCCAAGAUCUGAGCAGAAGAAGUGGUGUCUGAGAGAGGGAAGGAGAAGAUAAGUUGAGUGUCACUGGCAUAGCUUUGAUAAGAGGGAGAAAAGGAGAAGACCAAGUACUGAGCCUUGUGGAACACCAGUGGAGAGAUGUUGAUCCUCCAUGUUACCUGAUAUGAGCGACCAUCCAGACAGGAAGCAAACCAUUCCCAUGCUGUUCCACGUAUUCCAAGACUUCUGAGGGUGGACAAGAGAGUCUUGUAGUUGACUGUGUCGAGGAGGAUGAGGACCAAUGACAGCUUGGUUGAUCUAGCAGCAUGUAGUUUCUCAGUGACAGCCUAAAGGGCAGUCUCUGUGGAAUGGGCUGCUUUAAAGCCAGACUGGUUGGGAUCUUGGAGGUUGUUCUAUGAGAGAUACUCAGACAGCUGAUUAUAAACAAUGAGUUCAAGAAUUUUAGAAAGAAAGGAGAGAAGCGAUACAGGUCUGUAGUUGCUGAUGUCUGUGGGAUCCAGAGCAGAUUUCUUCAGGAUUAAAGAUUAAAGAUCACACUUUUUCAUCAUUUGAUUGUUUGAUGUAAACAUUAGCUGAAACUCUUGACUUGUAUUUGCAUUAUUGUUUUAAAAAAAUUGUGCUGCUGCCACAUGAUUGACUGGUCAGAUAACAUCUUUAAUUUACUGAUAUUCCUAAUAAAGUGAGCAGUAAGUACUUUUAUAUGAGUGCUUGUGAUUCAAACAAAUAAAAAUGAAUUUUUUUCCAUAAACAGUGAAUUUAUGGAAGCUCCAUGAAGGUGACAAGAAUGUCAAAAAUCUUUUGGCAAUACACUAUAUUGCCAAAAGUAUUCGCUCACCUGCCUUGACUCGCAUAUGAACUUAAGUGACAUCCCAUUCCUAAUCCAUAGGGUGCAAUAUGACGUCGGUCCACCCUUUGCAGCUAUAACAGCUUCAACUCUUCUGGGAAGGUUUAGGAGUGUGUUUAUGGGAAUUUUUGGCCAUUCUUCCAGAAGCGCAUUUGUGAGGUCACACACUGAUGUUGGACGAGAAGGCCUGGCUCUCAGUCUCCGCUCUAAUUCAUCCCAAAGGUGUUCUAUCGGGUUGAGGUCAGGACUCUGUGCAGGCCAGUCAAGUUCAUCCACACCAGACUCUGUCAUCCAUGUCUUUAUGGACCUUGCUUUGGAAGAGGAAGGGGCCAGCUCCAAACUGUUCCCACAAAGUUGGGAGCAUGGAAUUGUCCAAAAUGUCUUGUUAUGCUGAAGCAUUCAGAGUUCCUUUCACUGGAACUAAGGGGCCAAGCCCAGCUCCUGAAAAACAACCCCACACCAUAAUCCCCCCUCCACCAAACUUUACACUUGGCACAAUGCAGUCAGACAAGUACCGUUCUCCUGGCAACCGCCAAACCCAGACUCGUCCAUCAGAUUUCCAGAUGGAGAAGCGCGAUUCGUCACUCCAGAGAACGCGUCUCCACUGCUCUAGAGUCCAGUGGCGGCGUGCUUUACACCACUGCAUCCGACGCUUUGCAUUGCACUUGGUGAUGUAUGGCUUGGAUGCAGCAUUAUUAUUUAACAAAGAGGAUUUAGAAUAUCACUGUCAGAGCGUAACAGCUGGUAUCUCUGUAUUCACGUGACAGCUGUUAUCUCAGUAUUUAGUGCCUUGUAAGCUGCCUGUUUGCUGAAAAGCUUCCCUGAGGAUUCAUUUAAAUGAAUUGUUUGCAAAUCAUACAUAUCCAUUGCCAUAUCAAUCUCCAUACAUAUCACACUUUAUUUCCAUAUUGUUUAGCUCAGGGUUGAUCAGGCAUUGACUCUCCAAAUUUAUAACACUUUACAAUAGCAAUACCUGAAUAAUCAUGCACUAAUAUCUGUAUCAACACUUAUGUAAAUAUGAACUAAUAAUGAGUUCAGGCAUGUAGUAAUAACAAACUAGUAAAGACCUAACAUUAACUAUGACGUGUUAUGUAGUCAUGUGUGAAUAAUGACCACCUUAAGUACAUGUUAGUACAUGAUUGUUAGUGAAUUAUAAUAUUUAGCAUAUCAGGGGAAAACAUGCUCUAUAAGAAAUAAUGUGAAUUAAAUGUGCAUCGUUUCGAAUUGUUCACCGUUGUAGGCAAAUGAGUAAUUGCUCGUUAAUUGAACUUGUAUAUUUAUUGAAGCCAUGGUGUGGGGAUGUGUUAGCUUAGUGGUUAAGGUGUUGGCCUACUGAUUGGAAGGUUGUGAGCUCAAACCCGAGGAGCCAAGCAGCCUCUGCUGGACCCCUGAGCAAGACCCUUAACCCUCAACUGCUCAGCUGUAUAAAAUGUGAUAAAUUUUAAGUCACUACCAAAUGCCAGAAAUGUAAAUGUGAUCACAGGGCAUUCUGUUCCCGAACCUUCCACAAACAGGGCAAUGGUGUUUUUCCAGUCGUUAAGGUAUGGAUUAAAAUAUUUCGUACAAAUGGCUAGUAUAACAAGUCAAUAACUAGCAUUACUAACAUUUAGUAAUCCUAGUAACAACAAAAAAAAGAAAGAAAAACAAACAAACAAAAAAGGACCAUAUGUCUAUUUCCAUAUGUCUUACUUACACACAAACUCUAGUA